UAAACAGUGCUCAACGUUCUUUCUCGAAGCAGGGUAAAUAUUUUAAUCAAAUGCGAUGCAUUGAAUGGAAAUUGUACAUUUAUCCAUUUGCACUUAGACAUGUAAGAUGAUAUUUCAGGUACGGUCAAGCGAGGGUGUGGUAUUGCCUCUGGUGAUUUUUGCGCCGAAAACGUACUAAACUGGUGUGACCUUCAGAAGGUUUUCUUCCCCAAUUUUUACAGGGACAAGUGUGCGUGUUUGUUUUCGAAACUGUCGUCAGGUCUUCUUAGCUGAUCUUCCAAUGAGAAUUUUAGUGUGAUUGUUUCACCCAUGGAACCAUUUUCUCAGGACAAGGGUGAAGGAACAAAGAAAGUAAUUAGAGGCAAUGACAGCUCUACUAACCUCAGACUUAGAGCAAGAUCAUCAAGGAGCUUAAGCUCUCAGAGACACAAUAAAAAUCAUGCGAAAACCUACAAUGGAUACCACAUCACUAAUGGCAGUACUUGGCAGACAGGUCCAGUAAGUCUAACUGUAAGAAAUGCCAGUGUGGAGAAAAUUCCCUUAGGACAUUACAGAAGUGGAAACAAUUCAAACAAUUUGCACCCAAGCAUGCACCUUGAUCAUUCCAGUAAUUUUUCAUCGAACUCUAGUGUUGCGAAGUUCAAUGCAACACUUUUUUCUCCAACCUCUCAUCAUACAAUUCAAGGAUCUGAUGUGGAGGAAGCCAUGGAUAUUGAUCAUCAGGACAUGAACGAUGAAGGUGUUGGCUUUGAAGGAAAUAGUGCAUCUGUUUUACAAGAGGAAAUCGAUGCUUCACGACAGUCAGGAGCUCCAGUAGAAAAACAACCUGUUGAACAUUAUAAUGAUAUAGAAGUUGUUGAAUCUUCCUCUUCAGGUGCAAAACCAAAGGAAACAAAACAAGAAAUGCAGAUAACAAAGCCGAAAAAAGAGGCAAAUAAACAGAAGCUGCUAACAUUGAAGGCUGCUCGUAUUACAUCAUCAAACAGAAAGAGGCCAAUUUACAUUGUCCUUCAUGUUAGCAACAUUCAGAUUGGAGAGUUUUCAGGAAAAGCAUCAGCCCCAGUUAAGAUAUAUGCAGAAAAAAUCUUCAUAGAAAUGGAGACAAAUGAAGGAAUUGGUUCCAAAACUGUUUCACAUCACUUCAGAAUUCCCUGUAAAGAUUUGACAGAGUGCAAGGCAAGUUUUGUGGGUUCCCCUUUACUUCUUGUUGCCAAGCCAACUCCUGCAGGGGCAGCUGCCAUUUGUGUGAAAUGUAAGGACUACGGAAAAUUUCUGGACCCUGAAAGUCAAGAUUUGAAAAAGAGCAGCAUCGUUCUGGUGAUGAAUUACAAAGUGAUACCAAGGGACACUAAAGCUGAUUUAAUUGAGUUGUUUCAGAACCGUUUUGCUGAACAGCUAUCAUGGAGUGAGCUGAGUUUAAAGGAAGCACAAGAAUUUCUUGGCAAGAAAAAAGAUGUUGUUAUUCCUUGUGAAAAGUCUCAAAGUCCACCUCCACCAGAUGCAGGAAGCCCAAGCACACUAAGCCCAAGCACAGGAAGCCCAAGCACACUAAGCCCAAGCACAGGAAGCCCAAGCACACUAAGCCCAAGCACAGGAAGCCCAGUCAACUUAGAGCAGAGGAAAAUAUUAACACCUAAAGGUAAAAUGCAUGCUCGGAAAAAGCUGUUCACAGAUGAAUCAAAGUCUUCUCCAGCCAAGGAACCGGUAUCUCACUGUAGUGGCUUCAAACAGACUGAAUCAGGAUGUCAGAAGGAAAAAAAUGACUCAGCAGACAGCAUCAUACAAACUCGGAGCAGGCGAAGGAAGGCGUCAGAGGUCCCUAACAUGGACAAACCUGAAACAACUGGUUUGGAACCUGUCAAGCUGGAUAUUCUUCUCCAUCAUACAAAAAUGCAGUCACAAAUCACCUUACUGGACCAGCACAGCAAAGAACAAAGAGAGAACUUACAACAACAUCAGAAACUGCUGGAAAUAGAAAGGGGAAAGCUGCAAGAAAUGGAGGCAGAGAAAGAACGACAUCUCGGACGAAUGAGGGAUUUAGAGAUAAGUUGUUCCACAGAUAGAGAACGUCUUCGAGUUUUAGAAAACUCUGUUGUGGAGAAGGAUCGCAUUUUAACGCAACAAGCUGCUAAUUUAGCUAUGAUUAACAAUGAAUUAGAAAGAGAGCGUGUUUCUGUGCGACAGCUUCAAAUCGAGCUCGAACAAGAGCGUGAAGCGGGUUCCCAUUCGCGUAAAGUUCAAAGUGAUCUUGUUCGUGUUCGUCGAGCGCUGGAUGAAGAGAAAACUGUGCGCGACAUGAGAGAACAGCAACUAAGGGAGAAGGAGACAAACUUGCUCGAAAUACAAAGAACACUGAGUGACGAACAACAGGAAAGAUUGAGGCUGGAAGAAAAGCUGCAGCAAGCUAGAAAUGCUUGCACCCAGUUGGAGAGAAGUCUGGAAAGUGAACGGCUAUCGAGUCAGUCCAGUCAAGAAGACAUUCAAACAAAGCAGAACACUAUUGCUGAACAGUUCAAUCUUUUACAGCAGGAACGCGAGGAGAAGAGAGAUCUAGAGGAAAGGUUAAGGAACUUACAGCUUCAAGUGGAAGAGGAGCGAAACAGGCGCAUCUCAACGGAGAGAGAACUGGAUGAAGAAAGAGUGAUUGUGCGACAAGAUAGAGAGACCCUAGAGCGGGAGCGCCAACAGUAUGAACAACGAAUCCUUGAAAGCGAACGAACUGCGUCCGAAAGCGAACGUCGGCUGCGAGAAUUGCAAUCAGCAGUAUCUGUGGCGCAAGAGGCCUUGGCCGAAUAUCGUCGCCUUGAGCCACGUGACUGGAUUAUUCGAAGAGAGGAAGUAACACUCAGUGAAAACAGUUUGGGUGUAGGGGCCUGGGGAAAGGUUUACGGAGGAACGUUUCGCGCUUGUCAAGUUGCGGUCAAACAAAUUCAUGAUUUGAUUCUAUCGCCCCACAAUCGCAGACUUUUCGAGCGGGAAAUGAGUAUCGCAUCACGAUGCCGUCACCCACACCUGUUACAAUUUAUUGGGGCGACAAAUGAUGAUGGCAACCCGUUGUUUAUAACCGAAUUACUCGAUUCGGAUUUGAGGAGAGUUUUAGAACAGCGCGCCCUACACCAAGAGGAGAUCAUCUGCCUCGCUUUGGAUGUCGCCAAAGGACUCAACUAUCUCCAUCUUAACAAACCUUUUCCCAUCAUACAUAGAGACAUCAGCAGCUCGAACGUGUUGCUAUGGAGACGAGAUGACUGUUGGAGGGCGAAGCUUUCAGACUACGGAGCAGCAAAUUUCAUGCGCCAAUACAUGACAGUAAAUCCAGGAGCCAGGAUUUACGCUGCCCCUGAGGCCCUUACUUCCCAGCAAUCUCCAAAGGCGGAUGUGUAUAGUUACGGUUUACUGCUAUGCGAGAUGUGCAUCAGAGAGCUUCCUGUUCCACAGCAGAUCCAACAACAGAUAGGCCUGGUAACGAACGGUGUUCUCCGGGAGCUCAUUAUGCGGUGUGUCCUGGCAGACCCUGAGGCGCGUCCUUCUGUCAGUGAAGUCAUCACGGUGCUGGCACAGCAAUCGGAAUCCAUACGAGCGCAGGGACUGGUGUCGUUGAAUGGAAGAACAGCUACGUUAUAACAACCUACGUAGUAUAUCUUAAUUGUCACGAACGUGUCGGAGUAACUUUGAACUUAGGGGUAACACCAGUACAAUUUGCUAUGAGAAAGAUCUCUCUGCGAUUUUUUUUACUCUUUUAAGUAUCUUAUCGUCUUAUUAUAACGUUGGGUUUAUUUGUCAUUUCAAGGAAUUUGAAUACAAAAAGACAGUGGAGAAAAGAAAUAAAAACCAAACUCCUAUUUAUCAUUA